UUGGCCUCUGAAGCGUUUGAGCUGGAUUUAGCCCAUUCUCCCUCAGUUUUGCAAAGGGGAAAUUCCUGAAGGCACUUCACUUCAGGUUUCUGGUGGGGAUCUAAACAUGCAUGCAGAGACUUUGGUGAACUCUGUCUUAGUUUCUUUGCUUCUAAUUUUGCUCUCUGCCAUUCAAGGAAGUUUACAGCAGUCGCUAAGGCAGGUGGGUGGAGGGUGUAAGAUCUCCCCUGAAUCAUCACUGAGGCGCUGUCGGACCCCCGAUGGUUUGAUCUGUAGUGGGAGAGGUGAGUGUGAGUGCGGGAUUUGCAUAUGCCAGGUCACAGAACCUGGAACGUUUUAUGGACCACGUUGUGAAUGCCAUGACUGGAUCUGCCCGACAUAUGACGGGAAGACCUGUGGAGAUCAUGGGAUAUGCAAAUCUGGAAAGUGUUUCUGUUAUGAAAACUGGUUUGGGGAAUCCUGUCAGUACCAGGAGGAAUGUUCACUCUCCAGCAAAACUAGUAAAGACCUCUGCCGCAAUGCCCAGGGUGUAGUUUGCUCCAAUGCAGGCACCUGUCACUGCGGCAGCUGCAUGUGCCAUAAUCCCGAUGGGAAGGGCCUGAUCAGUGGACGCUACUGCGAGUGUGACGACAACGAGUGUUUGGAUGAAGACUCUGGAGAAGUGUGUGGAGGCCAUGGAAAGUGUUACUGUGGAAACUGUUACUGCUCGGCUGGUUGGCAUGGAGAUAAAUGUGAAUUCCAGUGUGACAUCAGCCCAUGGGAGAGUAAGCGGAGAUGCACAUCUCCAGAUGGCAAGAUCUGUAGCAACAGAGGCACAUGUGUAUGUGGUGAGUGCACUUGCUAUGAUGUGGAUCCCUCAGGAGACUGGGGUGACAUCCAUGGAGAGACCUGCGAGUGUGACGAGAGAAGCUGCCAUGUCAUGUACGACAGAUACUCGGAUGACUUCUGUUCAGGUCACGGCCAGUGUAACUGUGGCAGGUGUGACUGCAAGGAAGGUUGGACUGGAAAGAAAUGCGAUCAUCCUCUCUCCUGUUCGCUGUCUAUGGAAGCCAGUCAGAAGAAGUGUCGGGGAACCUCCAGCCUGCCCUGCUUUGGCAGAGGGCAGUGUGUGUGCGGCCAGUGCACAUGCCACCCACCCAGAAAUAAACUUGUACACGGCAAGAACUGUGAGUGUGACGACAGGCAGUGUGAGGACCUGAACAGAGAGAUCUGUGGAGGCCACGGCUUCUGCUCGUGUGGCCGCUGUAUCUGCAGUGAUGGAUGGUUUGGGAAGCACUGCCAGUUCCCCCGCAGCUGUAACAUGACAGACGAGCAGAGCAAGAGCCUGUGCGAGACGGUCAACGGCAUCACAUGCUCUGGGAAAGGCUCUUGUCACUGUGGUCGCUGUAUCUGCUCACCACAGGAGUGGUACAUUUCAGGGGAAUUCUGUGAGUGCGACGACAGGGAGUGCGACAAACAUGACGGGCUGGUUUGCACAGGGAACGGUGUGUGCAACUGUGGAAAUUGUGAGUGCUGGGAUGGCUGGACAGGAAACGCCUGUGAAAUCUGGGUUCGAGAGGACCCCUGGUAGACACUUAAAGACUGUUUUUGUUGUCAAUCAAGACAAGAAAAAGGCGGCUGCACCAACAGCGAACAAUGGAAAACUGAUUUUUGAGAUUUGUGCAAUAUAACGACAUCCAGAUUUUCUAAAUUUAAGCAAUGUGGUUUCAAUUCCAUUACAUGCACAUAAAACAGCUGUGGGAGACGACAUCUAUAAUCCACUAUAGUUUUCCAUUUAACUAUAUAUAUAUAUAUAUAUAUAUAUAUAUAUGAAAAAUGUGUAUAAUAAUGCUUACAUAGAUUAUUGACUGACACAUAAGCAGUAAAAGGAGAGGAUAAGAACAUUUUAUUAUUAUUGCUGUUAUUGUUGCUGUUUUUCAGAGCUCUGCUUGUGUGUGAUAUGUUUAUGACCUUAUUAUAUGUACGGUAAGUUCUAUGUGACAAAAGUUGUAAACAGCCUGAUGCCAAUAAAUUUAACAUGCUCUGAA